AUGCCAAAGACUCCAUCUCGCACUAAGAAACGUCUUUCAGCUUCAUAUGAAAAUGUCAACAUUCAAGAACUCAUUUCAUCCAUAAAUUUAACAUUUCCGCCAACAAUAACAGCCAAAGACUUACUUGCGAAAGUUGCUCCCAACGGUUUAAAGUGGAGUUAUGAACCAAAUUUUGUUAAAAGUCAUUAUACAAAAUUGGCAGAUGAAGCUAAACGAGAUUACAAGAAGUUGUGUACAUUUUUUAUUAUAGUUUCUGGUCCUAAAAAUGAAAAAGAAACUAAUUCCCAACAACAAAGUUUUGAUAUUGAAAUCGAGACGGAUAAUUGCAAUACGAGUACUCACGUAAAUAAUAAUAUAGGACAAGAAUAUUACAAUAAUCUAACAUUCGAACAGCAAGAAAUGAAUCUUCAUAAUACAUUUUUAAACGAAUUUUCUGCUCCAUAUUUUUCAAACGAAUCUUAUAUAUUUUUGUAUGAUGAACCUUUAACACCAACUUCAUGA